AUGGAAUCGCGAUACGCCCCUGAGAAGGGCAGGCCGCCCAUGCCCCUAGACGAGGGCCUUUUCCGCUUCAUUACGGACAUUCUGAUCCCAGUGAUGGACAUCUACGAUGAUGAUCCCAUCCGGAAGGAUGCCGUACAGCAUGAGAACCUGGUGGUGAUUCAGGAGAAUCGCCGCUCCAUCCGCUCCAUCUAUUACUUUCUGGCCCAGCCCUGGCCCCACUACCAGGAGCGUGUCCUGGCACCGGCCACCCUGAGAUAUGUGCUGGAGUAUGCGCAUGGGAAGCUUGAGGAGGCAGAGGAGGCGGUGCCGCCUCCACCUCCAGAAGAGGGCGACGCUGGCCCCAAGGCCGUGGCAGUUGACAUGGGCGCGAUCUUCGGAGGGGAGGAACGACUGAACCUUCAGCAGCUGGAGGUGAUCUUGGAGACGCUGGACUCACAUGUUAGCAAGAUCAUGGCCAACCACCCGGAGGAACCAGAUCAGCGCGCCUUGCUUUUCUGGGAGUUCUUUGAGGUGCUCAUGGAGUCCUGCCGCAGCCUGGCGGUGGCAGACACGCCCCUGGAGAAGGCCAUUCCUGCUUACGUGCAGACCAUGCUGGCCUUCAUGGGCCUGGUAGACCGCGAGGAAGCGGAGCUGCCCUCCCCCGCCAUGGAGAUGCCCAGCCCUCGGCCAGCUAUCCCUUUGCGUGGAGGAAAGAAUGUGAUUCUUGUGGCACUCCAGCAAGACCUGCUCUUAAUCCUGCAUGGCCCCAACGUGAUUGAUCACGACGUCGCGCCAUUCCUGAGCCUGUGCCUGGUGGCUCUGACACCCUUCAGAGCCCACGCUUUGCAAGCGACAGUCACCUACAAGGGUGAGCCUGGAAUCCAGGAGGGCGGCGAUGCACCGGCGGAUGCUUUCACCAACUUUUCGGGGAAAGUUCUGACCGUGGAGGCUCAGCGACGAACGACGGGGACUGGCUUCCUGGAGUUUCCGGAGCUCAGUCAGCUGAUCAGUGAUUUCAAGCAUGACUUUCCCACCAUCCUGAAGGGCGCCAAUGUGUCCGACGUCUAUUCGCCGUUUGCUAAGGUCCGGACUCGCAUGGUGCCCGUGCAGCCUCACAACACCUUUGCCACGGCCGUGGACAUUGAAAUUGCCACACCGGAGAUCAUCGUGUCGGUGUAUCUUCUGCUGUUUGUGCCAUUGGCAAUGUCCUGGGCCUAUUUUGUGCACUACGGUUACAAGGAGAGCCACUACCUGAUCAUGGUGCCCUUUACUCUUUGUUCAUUCACUGUGGGCUUGGAUUUGGUGAACCAGUCGCUGUCAACCCUGACGGCUGCUCCAAUGGCAUUGACGGCAAUCCAGGCUGGCUCCACCUUCGUCGCCAUGAUGCUGUGGACGUUCGGUUGCCAGGUGUACUUCCUGCUUUUCGGCAAGGGCAAGACGGAGAGUUCUGUGGCCUGGCUGCACCUUCAAUGA